AUGGUGGUGGAGCCAAGAGAUGAGAUGAGUAGGUAUGUAAUAGGUGUGUCUAGCUUGGUGAGGAAAGAAUGCCGUUCGGCUAUGCUUCAUGACAACAUGGAUAUAUCUCGUCUUAUGGUGUAUGCUAAACAAAUGGAGGAUGAAAAACUCCAAGAAAGGAAUAGAGAUGUGAAGAGGCCUAGGACCGAUGAUAGAAACUCCUCCAAGGAGUGGCCAUAUGGUGAAAGUUUGCCCCAUGUUAAAGGUUCAAGGGAGAGAGGGAAAGCAAGCCCUCUAAGUGGCUCAAAUUUCGAUGCUCCCAAGAAGAAUCGCUUACAUACCCUCCAAUCCCGAAGUGAUCAAGAGGGCUCUCCGGACGUUGUUACCGUUAUGUUACAAGUAUUCUCAAUUAAUGUUUAUGCAUUAUUAGAACUUGGGGCCACUUUGUCUUUUGUUACUCCUUUUGUGGCAAUGAAAUUUGAUGUACUCCCUGAUGUCUUAAAAUAA